AUGUCGGGCCCGGCAGCCAAAGAAACACCACCCACGGCAAGUGCCGUCGCGGCCGAGACAGAGGCUCCAACGACCUGCAAGGAGAACCAUAACCAUAAUUCGACGUCCUCAGAGUUACAUCCCAAUCAAGAAAGGCAUGGCUCUUCGCCCGUACCUCAGGUUGCACCGGUUUUAGGUGGUGGUGGUCUAGUCGGCGAACCCCACGAGAAGGCUGAAGAUGCUGCCGCCGCUUUCGAGCACCACCCGAUUCCCCAACAAAUACAUGAAAAGGUCACUCCCGUAACGACCGACACCUCUGACCCAGGGGAGAAGAGCGAGAAUGGCGAGAAAGAUCCCGAAAAAUCAGCCGCAGCUGGGGAGGAAGUCGAGGAAGACGAAGACGACGAAGUGGUUUAUCCGGGAGGUUUACAGGUCGCUCUCCUGACAUUCGGUCUUUGUAUAGCUACUCUCUCAGUUGCUCUGGAUAACACUAUCCUUGCUACCGCAAUCCCAAAGAUUACCACAGUCUUCCCCAAUUCCAUCAAGGAUGUUGGAUGGUAUGGCUCAAGUUACCUCCUCACAACUACCGCCCUACAGCCCUCAUUUGGGCGAAUCUACACCUUUUUUGAUGUUAAACUCACCUACAUAUUCGCCCUUUGCCUAUUUGAAAUAGGUUCUAUAAUAUGUGCCGUGGCUCAGAACUCCGUCACACUCAUCAUCGGACGUGCUGUUGCCGGUGCUGGAGCUAGCGCCCUCUUCUCUGGUGGCAUGAUCAUCAUUGGCUUUACCGUUCCAUUAAUUAAGCGCCCAAUGUACAUUGCAUCAUUGUCGAGUAUGUUCGGGAUCGCUUCAGUCGUUGGGCCCUUGUUAGGCGGUGCCUUUACUGAUAGAGUCUCCUGGCGAUGGUGUUUUUGGAUCAACUUGCCUUUCGGCGCAGUUGCCAUCGCAGCCAUAUGGCUCUUCUUCAAACCCCCCAAGCGUAAGGAAAGUGGAUUAACUCUCAAACAAAAGAUCUGGGAGCUUGAUCUCGUCGGAGCCCUGUUCCUCAUAUGCGCUAUUGUAUGUCUGCUCCUAGCUCUUCAAUGGGGCGGGACAACAUAUGCAUGGAAAGACUCGAAAGUGUGGGGCUGCCUUCUUGGUUUCGGUCUCCUGAUCAUAAUCUUCAUCGCCCAACAAUUUCGUCGUGGCGACCGCGCUACUAUUCCGCCCAGAAUUUUUGGCCAAAGGACAGUUUUGUUCUCCAGUCUUUAUUCUUGCUUUCUGUCUAUGGGACUCUAUGUGCAUAUUUAUUUCGUACCUUUCUACUUCCAGGCUGUAAAAGGUACCACCGCCGAAGGCUCAGGCAUCAGGACGAUCCCCUACCUGGUCUCAAUCAUCAUAAGCUCCAUAGUCGUCGGUGGCGGUAUCACCGUUGUCGGCGUCUACAAGCCGUUCAUGAUCGUCGGGGCAUGCAUCUUCACCGUUGGCGCAGGCAUGAUAUAUCUCCUUCAAGUUGAUUCCAACGCCAGCCGUUGGAUUGGCUACCAAAUACUCAGCGGUGUUGGCGCAGGAGCGGGAGUGCAGAUCCCAUUCAUUGCCGUGCAAGUCGUGCUAAGUACCAAAGACAUGCCCACUGGGAACGCCAUCGCUAUAUUCUUCAACUCUCUAGGUGGAGCUAUAUCCAUCUCCAUGGCACAAAACGUCUUCUUCAACGGCUUAUUUAAAAACAUCCCCAUAUACGCACCGGAUAUUCCCGUAGACUUGAUUGUCGCAGCAGGAGCUGCGUAUCUCCGAGUCACGGUCGAAAAGUUGAAUCCAGCGGCUUUAGCAGGGGUGUUGGAGGGGUAUAUGAUGGCGCUUAAUCAAGCAUUUAUUAUUGCUAUUGCGGUGGGAGGUCUUGCUGCGAUCUUUGGGUGCUUUGUGGAGUGGAAGAGUGUUAAGGGGGUGAAACUUGCGCCUGGGGCUGCUGGAUAA